AGUGGAUGAUGGGUGUUUUGCCCUUUUGCCUCCCCUUCGUUCCCGAUACAGAAAUUUCACUCACGCGUUUGGUUGCCAAAGAAACGUCUGGAAAACAAAUGAAAAUCCAAUAAAUCAGAAACCCUGAAUUUGAUUAUUCGUCGAAGCAACUUCGGUACAGAGUCAGAUAAGCAAAUGGAGGCUUCAUUGCAUUUCCACGGGGUUAGAAUUCCCUGCUACUCACGAACUCCAAGACUCUCACACUUAUCGAGCAAGCCAUGGCUCUCUUCGGUGGCCUCACCAUCACGAUCAUUCCAUGCGGCAAUGGAAAAUGCAUGUAAAGGCAUUAGCUUGAGAGGUAACAGCGAGAAGAAAAGAAUUGAAGCUGUGCUUGGAGGAGAAGAAGAAGAAGAAGAAGAGAAAGCAACAGGGAGCCAUGGCUCUGAUACAGCACCAUUCACUUGCGUGAUGAAGUUCGGAGGAUCGUCGUUGGCAUCGGCAGAGAGGAUAAGAGAGAUUGCUCAGCUCAUUGUCAGUUUUCCUGAUGAAAAGCCUGUUGUUGUGCUCUCUGCCAUGGGGAAGACCACUAACAACCUCUUACUUGCUGGGGAGAAGGCUGUCAGUUGUGGGGUCUCGAAUGCGUCAGAAAUUGAAGAAUUGAGCUUUAUAAAACAACUGCAUCUCAGGACUGUUAGAGAACUUGGAAUUGAUAGCUCCGUUAUUUCUGCGUACUUAGAAGAACUAGAGCAAUUGCUGAAGGGAGUAGCUAUGAUGAAAGAGUUAACUCUCCGCACAAGAGACUAUCUAGUUUCAUUUGGAGAGUGCAUGUCCACAAGGAUCUUUGCAGCUUAUCUAAAUAAUUUUGGUGUUAAGGCACGCCAAUAUGAUGCAUUUGACAUUGGUUUCAUAACAACAGAUGACUUCACCAAUGCUGACAUCUUGGAAGGAACUUACCCAUCCGUUGCUAAAAGAUUAAAUGAUGAUUGGAUUAGUGAUCCUGCAAUUCCGGUUGUUACUGGUUUUCUCGGAAAGGGCUCAAAAUCUUGUGCAGUUACUACCCUGGGUAGGGGUGGUAGUGAUUUAACAGCGACAACCAUUGGUAAAUCCCUAGGCUUGCGAGAAGUUCAGGUGUGGAAGGAUGUUGAUGGUGUUUUGACCUGUGAUCCUAGUAUAUGUCCUGAUGCAGAACCUGUUCCCUAUUUGACUUUCGAUGAGGCAGCUGAGCUUGCAUAUUUUGGUGCUCAGGUUCUACAUCCACAAUCCAUGAGACCGGCUAGAGAUGGCGAGAUUCCUGUUAGGGUCAAGAACUCUUAUAACCCUAAAGCUCCUGGUACCCUCAUCACUAAAACAAGAGAUAUGAGCAAGGCUGUUCUAACCAGCAUAGUUCUGAAGCAAAAUGUCACCCUGUUGGAUAUUGUCAGUACACGCAUGCUUGGUCAAGUUGGCUUCCUUGCAAAGGUGUUCUCGACCUUUGAAGAUUUGGGCAUUUCUGUGGAUGUUGUUGCAACAAGUGAAGUCAGUUUAUCUUUGACAUUGGAUCCAUCAAAGUUUUGGAGUAGAGAACUAAUUCAGCAGGAACUUGACAAGAUGGAGGAAGAACUCGAAAAAAUUGCAUUCGUGAAUCUUCUGCAGCGUAGAUCAAUCAUCUCACUCAUAGGGAAUGUUCAGUAUUCUUCAUUGAUACUAGAGAAGGCAUUUCAUGUUCUCCGAACCAAUCAAGUCAAUGUCCAAAUGAUCUCGCAAGGCGCAUCUAAGGUGAACAUCUCAUUGAUAGUAAAUGAUAGUGAAGCUGAAAAAUGCGUCAAGGCCCUUCACCAUGCCUUUUUUGAGAGCGAUGACCUGUCGGAGGUAGUACUGGAAUCUGGAUUUGGAAAUGGGUCAGCCACGCUAUUGCCAAUAGAAACAUGAUGAUUCUGAGCCAAUGUAAUCUUAUGAACACAAUUUUCUCCUUUGCUGAUUUAGGCCCUUUAUCUUGCAACUGUAGUUGCAAACUUAUGAGUUACCUCCAUCUGAAUUUCUUGAGAAGUUGUUUUUCUUUUCCUUUUGCUGAAAUGAACUGGAAAUUCAAGGUUUUAUGCUAUGCUUAUAUACUUCCCAUCGAGUA